AUGAAUGGAAUUCCUUCAGCGACUCUGGCGAGCUCCCCCUCGAAAUCUUCUGAUGAGAAGCUAGACAUCGACGCAGGCAUUUCAACUUCCUUCACCAUGCAGCCGGUAGCUGCUGAGCAGGAGGAACCUGAGAGAACUCCCGUACCCAAGCCUUUGGACGCUGACCGUCUUCAUGCUCUCUUUUCUGAGUAUGAAAAGCUUGUCAAUGGGCAGGAGGUACCGCGUGAACGCGAGGACUCACCAGAUGAGAAUAACGAAUCUUUCUCCGAUCAACCCAAACCACGUCAGAAAGCCAUCUCCAGCCCGACUGCGAAUGUCGCCCGUAAGCAGCAACGAGGAAUCUCGAAGAGCAAGACCCAACAGCGGAAGGUUACUUCACGUAGGGCUUCGCGGACGAAACGCGCCUUAGCGAGCAGUGUUCACGAAUACGAAUACAUGCACCUAGGAGAAGCACGUCGAGCAUCAAACGGAUCUGUUGAAGUUCAAGUUUUUUGGGCACCCAUCUUCUUGCCGUGCAACCAAUUGCGUGGGGAACAGGCAAUCGAAGAGGCGAAAAACUUGGUGACCAGGAAGUUUGGCCACGCCGCUUGGAAGAGGGAGAUGAGCAAGUUCGACUGCGUAGGCAUGAAGAAGAGCGAAUUGGACUAG